UGCAGAGCCAGCACCAUGAGUAUCUCCGCUCUGGGAGGCAGCACCAAAGGGAAGUCUUUGCCACCAGGCGAGGAGGAGCGCAAUAAUGUCCUCAAGCAGAUGAAAGUACGCACCACACUGAAGGGGGACAAGAGCUGGAUCACCAAGCAGGAUGAAUCCGAGGGCCGUACCAUAGAGCUGCCUGCAGGUCGGAAUCGAGCCACAUCCUUUUCAUCAGCUGGGGAGGUCUCAAAGGCCAGGGCUCCAAGCACAAGAGCUCCCACUGGCUAUAUCAUCCGGGGUGUGUUCACCAAACCCAUCGACAGCUCAUCUCAUGCCCAGCAGCACUUCCCCAAAGCCAAUGGAGCUCCAAAAAGCGCUGCCGCUCUGGGGAAAGCAGCUACCACUGGCCCUCCCCGCCCCACCUCCUCUGGCUACAAGAUGACCACUGAGGAUUACAAGAAGCUGGCACCAUACAACAUCAGGCGCAGCUCCACAUCAGGGGAGGUGGAAGAGGAAGAAGUUCCCGUCUCUUCAGAUGAGCAGAAACGGAGAUCAGAGGCUGCAAGCAGUGUGGUGAGGAAGACAGCUCCCAGGGAGCAUUCCUACGUCCUGUCAGCAGUCAAGAAGAGCACUGGAAGUCCUACCCAGGAGACUCAGGCCCCUUUUAUUGCAAAAAGGGUUGAGGUGAUAGAUGAGGAUGGGUCUUCUGAGAGGAGCCAGGAGCCACCUGCUCUAUCAAGACCUACUCCUGGAUUGAGCAGUGCUGAUGGAGGCAGAACCCAAGUGUCUCGGGCGAUUUGGAUCAAGCGCAUGCCGAGUGUACCUAGCCCCUCCGGGAGCCGGGAGCCCAGCUCAAGAGGUGAGGAGAUUGUCCGUCUGCAGAUCAUGACACCCAGGGCAGGACUCCGCCUGGUGGCUCCAGACCUGGAAGGCAUCAGGUCUUUCCAAGACCACAAAGACAAGGAGUCCCCCUGCUUCAGAGAGCUCAAGAGAGACUUGGCUGGUGAGACCUUCAAAGAUCCCAGCACAGAUUCUGAAAGGGAGGGCUCUGCUGCUACCCUCACCCCUUUUCUGGACGAUCAAGAUGUGGAUGAUGCCAUCUCUCAUUCCUGCAAGCCUGGACCAGUGGCUACCAGCUCCAGUACCACUUUGGCCUCUGCUGUCCUGGAUGAUAGGAAGAGUGACAGCACAGCAGACCUGGAAGAAACAAAGACAGACCCUAAGGGCAUCUCAGCGGCUUAUGAAGAGAAGAAUGUGGCCACCAAAGUCUGUGAGGUCUUGCAGGAGACGCCUGAAGUCCUGGGGGUUGGCCAAGGAGACCCAGCUGCACCCACUCCACAACCUGUAGAUCUCAGCAUCCUAGAGUGGCAGAAUACCCCUGCUGCACCUGAGCAGCUUGUUGAACUGGAGAGCUCUGCCAGCAGCAUCUCAGCGGCUUAUGAAGAGAAGAAUGUGGCCACCAAAGUCUGUGAGGUCUUGCAGGAGACGCCUGAAGUCCUGGGGGUUGGCCAAGGAGACCCAGCUGCACCCACUCCACAACCUGUAGAUCUCAGCAUCCUAGAGUGGCAGAAUACCCCUGCUGCACCUGAGCAGCUUGUUGAACUGGAGAGCUCUGCCAGCAGGGUGAGAAGUCCUUCAAACUGCAUGGUCACUGUUACUGUCACUGGUGCUUCUGAGCAACCUCAUGUUUAUAUUCCAGCUCCCCCAGUUGAAUUGGACUCCAGCUCAACCACCAGAGGGAUUCUUUUCGUGAAGGAGUACAUGAAUGCUAGUGAAGUGUCUUCUGGGAAGCCAGCAUCUUCAUCUUAUGGCAGUGUCAGCAACAUCGAGAAGUCAUUUGACAUGGAGAAGAAACUUCUAUAUGACAACACAUCACACUCUGAGAGAACAACUGGAGGUAUCUGUACUUACUGCAGCCGAGAGAUCCAAGACUGUCCAAAGAUCACCCUAGAACAUCUUGGCAUCUGCUGCCAUGAAUAUUGCUUUAAGUGUGGAAUUUGUAGUAAACCAAUGGGUGAUCUCCUGGAUCAGAUCUUCAUUCACCGAGACACCAUCCACUGUGGGAAAUGCUAUGAGAAGCUCUUCUAGCUUCCCCAAGAUGCUCAGAAGCUGAUGACUCCCGGACAAGUUUGGCUGUCCCCAGUUCUUGGAUCCUCUCCCUUCACUUCCUCCCUAUGAUUUCCUCAUACUUCUUACCUUCUUAGGUUGAACUUGCUUACAUCCAGUAUUGUAUCUUACUGAUGCUAUGAUAAUUACUUGUGUGUGUAGCUUUUUAUAGUUUAGGAGGCACUUUACAUACAUAAUCUCAUUUCAGGCUCCAUCAAAGACUUGAAACGAAUUCCAUCUUAGCAUUCCUAAGACAGACUGGCUUUCUGAUGAGUAUAGGUAGCCUAGUGUGUUAGGCAUGGGAAGAAGCAUGGAGUUCAGUUUGUGCUGACUCCCUUGAGGCUUCUGAGGGGCCAAGUUAAAGACUGUUGACGAUCCCUUGUGGGUAAAUUGCAGGCAUUGAAUGCUAGGGGUUGGCAUAGGCUAAUGUUUACCUUGUCUAUUUGCCAUAUAUAUGUUUUAAAGUUUCCAUACAUUCUUUGAAGUAGUUAGUUGUUUUUGAUUGAGUUAUAUAGGAGAUUUUAAUUCCCUCUUCCCAUCCACCUUUUGCUAUAUUGGACUUUUUCCCUAAAGGUGUGUGGGCGCAUAUUAGUAAGUUAGGAUCAAAUUCAAUAGGAUAUGAUUUUAGGAGGCUACUGACCAAAGGGAUGUCUGUGUAUGUUUGAGUUUUGAUAACUGAUUAGUGUAUUUGCCCUUAAUUCCUGCUUCCUGGGCCUUACACAGAAAUCCUCUCAAUUGGCUUUCAAGGUACAUAGAUCAAAGUAAGAUUAAGAGGAGAGAAAAGUAGCUAACAUCUUUGAAGCCUCCCUACAUACCGUGCAUCUUUACAAAGCAAUGGCAUUAAUUGCUGUAAUAAUCCUGAGAAGAGAAUAUUCUUGUCUCCAAGACUCAGACAGGUGGUCAUUGCCUUCUGAAGAACACUGUGCAGCACUACUACUGUCCCUCUCCAUAGCCCAUGCUCUCUCCAGGAGCAGUAACAAAAAAUUGAUUUAGUGCUUAGAAUGUGCUCACCACUGUGAAGAAGAUAUCUGAAUCCUGCCAUGUAACACUACCCCUUUGGCCUCCACCAAGGCAUACUCUUACAAAGGGGCAGGAUGUGAAAUCUCAGUCCUGUGGGCAUCCUGGACCCCCACUGAAGCACCAUAAGGGCCAAAUUGCCCUUCUUCCCUUUCCCCCAAAGCAAGGUGCUUUUAACCAGGGGUAAAUUUGACUCACAGAGUUCCCAUAGAGAACUUCAUCAACCCAGGGAAAGCUCCAAUCAGCCAGCUACUCUGAGUACACACUCUUUAAUGCCUUCCUGUUUUUCAGUCCAGACUCAAGCCAGCAGCAACUACUGGGGCCCAGGUUCUCAGAUCAUGGGAACUCAUUGUCUGGGAAAAUAGAGAAAGAUACAGGCCUGUCCAUGCAGUUAGCUGACAGUCUUCGGUUAGCCUAGGUUACUUGUCACCUGCAAACUUUGGGCCCAGCACUAAUUUGUAAACUCCUCAAGAGGUAAAACCACCUUAGAAUUUUUGGAUAAAAAAUGAAGGCCUCUUGAUUGAAUUAUAAAAUGAGCCUCCAUCUUUCUUUAGUUUGUGAGCCCUGUACAUGUUGGCUUGUAGAUUUGUUAUUUCUGUCAGAUAAUCAGAGACGAACAUUCCAUUUAUUUGAUAGAUGUGAGUUGGAUUUAUUCUGAAGGAGAAGAAUAGUUCCAUAUGCCAUGUACCAAAACUAAAUAUUAACUAGUCUUCUUGAAGUUUAGCUCCAACAUGGGACUUAGUACAUGGUAAGCACUAACACCAUGAUUGAGAAAGAAGUCACUCCUUUGGUGAGAGGUGCCAUUACAGAGUCUCAGUACAGGCCUCCCAGACAUAAUACAAGGUAAAGAAGCCCAGGAUAGGCUGGUUUCCCCACCCUAAAGAUAUAUUCUUCCUUUAAGGUAGUUUUAGAACCAACCUGCAAGAUAUUGAAAGACAGCUUGUAAUGUCAGUAUUGACCUUGAUCCAAAGCAGCCUCUUUCAGAAAUGUCUUAAAAGACACAGAAAUCUUCAGACUUAAGGAAGAGAAAUGGUUGUAUUACAUUGUU